AUGACCAAAAGUAAUGGGGACACCCCCCCGGCUUCAGAUUCCCACACUAGGAUGCAGCGGAUCAGGGAGGGCAUCCACAUAAGGACCAUGAAGGCCAAGAGGAAAGUGGAGGACAUCUCUAAGGAAGAUGUCCAGGCCUUCUUCAAGAAGAACGCCUUUGUGCUCUUUACUGUAGCGGCCGUUGUUGUAGGUAUAAUCCUUGGCUUUGCACUGCGUCCCUAUAAAAUGACCUACCGAGAGGUGAAGUACUUCUCUUUCCCUGGAGAGCUGCUGAUGAGGAUGCUGCAGAUGCUGGUGCUUCCCCUGCUGGUAUCCAGUCUCAUCACAGGCAUGGCAGCGCUGGACAGUAAGGCUUCAGGAAAGAUGGGUAUGCGAGCUGUGGUAUAUUACAUGACCACCACCAUUAUCGCUGUCAUCAUAGGCAUCAUCGUGGUGCUCAUCAUCCACCCUGGGAAAGGAUCUAAGGAUGAGUUCAUGAAACAGUCGAAGAUAGAGGACAUCAGCCCUGCCGAUGCCUUCCUGGAUCUUAUCAGAAACAUGUUUCCACCAAACAUGAUCCAGGCCUGCACACAGCAGUUCAAAACCAAAUACGGGAAGCGAAUCAUCCAUGUGACGGUGACAGUGAACGACUCUGUCUUCAACAUGACCAACCUGACCGAGCAGAUCACCAGGGAGGAGGUGAUCCCCAUCCCGGGCACGGUGAACGGGGUCAACGCCCUGGGGCUGGUGGUCUUCUCCAUGUGCUUCGGCCUCAUCAUCGGCAACAUGAAGGAGCAGGGCCAGCCCCUCAGGGAGUUCUUCGACAGCCUCAAUGAGGCCAUCAUGAGGCUCGUCGCCAUUAUCAUGUGGUAUGCCCCAAUCGGUAUCCUGUUCCUCAUAUCGGGGAAAAUCGUGGAGAUGGAUGACAUCACUGAGAUGGGUGGUCAGCUGGCCAUGUACACCAUCACGGUGAUCAUAGGCCUUUCCAUCCAUGCUUUCAUCAUCCUCCCAGGCCUGUACUUCGCCAUCACACGGCUGAACCCCUUCAUCUUCAUCAUGGGGCUGGUGGAGGCCCUCAUCACAGCCCUGGGAACCUCCUCCAGCUCAGCAACCCUGCCCAUCACCUUCAAGUGUCUGGAGGAGAACAACAAGGUGGAUAAGCGCAUCACACGGUUUGUGUUACCGGUGGGCGCCACCAUCAACAUGGAUGGAACGGCACUAUACGAGGCUCUGGCAGCCAUCUUCAUAGCCCAGGUUAACAACAUGGAGAUGAACAUAGGUCAGAUCAUCACAAUCAGCAUCACAGCCACUGCGGCAAGUAUUGGAGCUGCUGGGAUCCCACAGGCUGGACUGGUCACCAUGGUGAUUGUGCUGACCUCUGUUGGACUUCCCACUGAUGACAUUACCCUCAUCAUUGCAGUUGAUUGGUUCCUUGACCGGCUGCGUACCACGACAAACGUCUUGGGCGAUUCAAUUGGGGCAGGCAUUGUGGAGUUCCUAUCUCGACAUGAGCUGCAGGCCAAGGAUGUGGAGAUGGGGAACGCUGUGCUGGAGGAGAGGAAGAAACCAUACCAGCUCAUCUCUCAGGAAAACGACUAUGAGAACGCCAAACGCCCGGGCACUGAAACCAAGAUGUAG